AUGCCGGAGGUCCUCCACGCUGACCCCUCCAAUGCCCCCCUGCCUCCUCCUCCCUUUCCCACUGGCUCCAGCCAGAUUCCAGGGGCCCAGGGUGUGAUCUCAGGAGCAGAACUGUCCUUCACGUUGGAGCCCAGUGACGUGAUAGCGGUGCAGGAACAGCCCUUGAUGCUGCACUGUCAGGUGGAGGGCAUCCCACCAAUCACAACGCAGUGGAGACAAAACGGAGCCCUCCUGACAGAGGACCAAAACUACUCCAUGUUUGCCAAUGGCUCCCUGCUUAUUGGGCGCUUCCAGAAAACCAAGUCCGACGACUCGUCCGACGAGGGAGACUACGAGUGCAUGGCCCAGAAUUCCUUUGGGCUGGUGGUGAGCCGAAAGGCUAAAGUACAGGCUGCAACGAUGGCGGACUUCCACGUGCAGCCGCGUUCGGUGCGGGCAGAACUGGCCGGAGUCGGGCGGUUUCAGUGCCAGAUUCACGGACUUCCCGAACCCGUCAUCAGCUGGGAGAAAGACGGACGUCCCGUGGACACGAAAGACAAGAGGUUUACGCUGUUGCCGACAGGUGUGUUGCAGAUAACAGGUGUGAGGCCUGAGGACAGUGGGCUUUACUGUUGUGUGGCCCAUAACAGCGCAGGAGUGAAACACAGCACUGCAGCCCGCCUCACUGUCUCAGGCUCUCAGACCUCUGUUUACAAAGAACCCACCAUCCUUGUGGGUCCGGAAAACCUCACUUUGACCGUUCACCAGACCGCUAUCCUGGAGUGCGUCGCCACGGGAUACCCGCGGCCUAUCGUUUCGUGGAGCAGGCUGGACGGGCGUCCAAUCGGGGUGGAGGGCAUUCAGGUUCUGGGGACGGGAAACUUGAUGAUAUCAGAUGUGCGAGUCCAGCAUGCAGGCAUCUACGUCUGCGCAGCCAACAAACCAGGAACCCGUGUGCGCAGAACUGCCCAGGGCAGGCUGGUGGUCCAAGUCCCGGCAGAGUUUGUGCAGCCACCUCAAUCCAUAGCCCGUCCGGUUGGCACCACUGCCAUCUUUACCUGCCUGGCACAAGGAGAGCCUGUCCCCCAACUCACCUGGCUGAAGAACGGAGAGAUCCUGGAGCCCGGAGGGCACGUCAAACUCAAGAACAACAACAGCACGCUGACGAUUUACGGCGUCAGUCAGGAAGACGAGGCGAUCUACCAGUGCAUAGCCGAGAACAGCGCCGGAUCCACGCAGGCCAGCGCCCGUCUGACGGUUCUGUGGGCGGACGGGCUGCCCGGGGUGCCCGCCGACGUCCGAGCGGACGCCCUUUCGCCCACCUCCAUCCAGGUCUCCUGGAGAGAGCCGGAGCAGAACACGGAAGACAUUAUCGGCUACGUGGUACACAUCCGCAGGACGGCAGACCCUGUUGAGAUGGAGUAUCAAGAAGCAGUAAGUAAAGUGACUCUGCAGCAGGUUGUGGGGGAUCUGGAACCUUCCACCAGCUACAGUUUUUAUGUUAAGGCUUACACAUCACGAGGGGCAAGCAAAGCAUCUGAGAUUGCUGAGGAGAGCACACUAGGCGAGGUUCCUGCCCCGCCUUCUCUCUUCACUAAGGUUGUGAAUAGUACGGUGGUUCAGGCACUGUGGGAGCCCUCUGUUAAAAUGGGACAACAUGAGGGUUUUAAACUAUUCUACCGCAAAGUUCACUCUCCCGUCUUCACCGGACCCCUGACCUUCAGCCGUAACAUCACCCAGUACAACAUCACCCAGCUGGACCCAUCCCUGGUGUAUGAGAUUAAAGUUCAAGCCUUCAACCAGCAUGGAGACAGUAAUGCUACAGUUCGCUUUGUCUCUCUGAAGGAGGCGGAGGAAAAAUCAGUGUUUAAUGCACCGUGUGACUGUGUGAAAGAUGAGCAGAGUAAGACCUCUACCACAGGCAUCAUCAUUGGCAUCCACAUUGGCGUUACCUGCAUCAUCUUCUGUGUGCUCUUCCUCAUGUUCAGCUACAGGGGCAGGCUGAUGAUGUGUAAAACAGUCCAGGCCACUCCUCAGGCCGGCCAGAACGUCGCGGUGCUGGAGUCUUCCUCCUCUUCCUCACACGGCGCUCUGGCCCUAACCGAUCUGACCCGACACGUCGCCCACGGCAACGGAGGACUAACCACCAAGAGCCAACAAGACAGCAAUGAGAUGGAGAGACUCUUCUCAGGCCCCGCCCACCUCAGUGACCCACCCGACAGUGCACAGAUGAUGGAGAGCUCUCUGGUCUCCUGUGCACUGAAUGAGACCCAGAUGUCCACGCUUCCCCUGAAUGACUUCAGCCUGGUGGAGGACAAAGAGACGUAG